CUUCAAUAACCGCCGCUGCUCUUGGCCUCCUCGGCAACCCUUGCCUCACCUCAUCUUCGGACAGGCGAAACUUCGAUUUUCGCCAAGUCCUUAAUUUAAUUAAAAGGGUUGCACGUACAUGGCCGGCCGGUGAUCAAAUGUGUCCUCGAACAUUGCUGUUGGCCGCCUUGGCCACGGUACUGGCCGCCUUCGCCGAGGCCGACUCGACCUCGCACUGUUUGUUUUCGGUGAUCAACCCCCACGGCGACCCGGAGCUCUACGACUUUUCGAGUCUGGCCACGAGCGAUCCCUGGCAGGUGCCCGAUGUGUCCGACUCGAAGAGCAAACCCGGCGUUUUGUUCCUGUCGGUGUGCGGACCCCUCAAGGGCCUCACCAAAGCCCAGUGUCCCGACGUGGACGCGUCCGCCUGUCUCGCCCGUCAGGAGGGUGGCCAGUGGCGGACGAUUGUGGCCUCCGCAGCGGCGGCCACUGCGAACGCCAGUCUUGUCUACACAGGCACUCGUCUGACGCUCAUCCUGCCUGGACACACUCCUUGUGGUGCAGGACAGAAUUACUCGGUACAUGUACAUUUGGUGUGCAAUAAGGACAGCGUGGCGGCUCCGUUCUUUGUCGGCCUCACCGGUUGCGAGAUCCAGCUGGCCUGGUUCACCGCGGCCGCCUGUCCCUCGGCCGAAGCAACACGCGCCUGUUCGCUGCCCUCUUCCGGAGGCCACUGGUUCGAUCUCUACCCGCUGGUGGCCGAAAAGGCCUACCAGGUUUCCGCACCUGACGGACGCGUCUUUUACCUCAACCUGUGCGCUCCGGUCGCUGGAGGUUUGUGUCCGGGGGAAAAGGCCGUCGCCUGCGAGGCCAACAAAACUGUGUCCUUAGGCAGGUUUGCUGAGAACAGCGGCCUGCAACUGGCGGCCGACGGCCUCGUCUCGAGACAACGCGGUGAAAAUGACACCAUGGUUGAGGUGCACUUUUUGUGCAACCAGAGAGCGCCGUUGGUGCCGAAGCCUGAGUUUUUGAGCGCCAGCAAUGGCCACGCUGUGUUCAGGGUCGAGACUCCCUACGCCUGCCCAGCGAUACCAGUUGACUGCGUGGCUUAUACUAGACAAGGUGUGAAGGUUGACAUCAGCCCACUGAGAAAGGCGAAUAGCUACUGGAUUGUUCGAGAUCCACGGGUGAAUUACACUCACCUUUUGUACUACAUCAACGUCUGUGGUCCUCUGGCCAGAAACCUUCCGUCUCCAUGUCAUGCUGGUAACAUUGGUGCGUGCAUUUCAAGCUCCAAACCAAAUGUGCCAUCCAUUCCCUUGGGGGUCGUCGAACAUCCGCCUCGAUUCACCAAAGACGGAGACUUGCUUUUAACAUAUCGAGAUGGAGCGGAUUGUCCUGAUGGCAGGAAUAAACGCAAAGUUCACAUAUCUUUUGAAUGCAGUGAGCAGGAGCGCGGACCAGAAUUUGUAGUCGUCAGUGGCGAUUGUGUUUACACAUUUUUAUGGAAAACUCCAACAGCAUGUGAAGCCAAGCCAAAUCGAGGCGAUAACUGCCAAGUUCUGGACUCUCGUAUGUUCUACUCAUUCGACCUGCGCUCCUUGUACAACGACAUGGAGGACUACGAGGUGCGUGUUGACGGCAGCUUGUUCAGAGUCAACUUGUGCGGACCUCUGCAUACCCCAUGCAACGGCACCAAGAAUGUGAAUGUGUGUCUCGCACGAAAUGGAAGUGAAACGGCGAUUGGUCUUCGAAACGACAAACUCGAGUACAUGGAUGGUCGCCUCAGUCUCCACCUCACUGGCGAGGAGUGUCUGCCCGGCGUCACCAGCAGUGUGACCGUGAUUCUGGCCUGCGAGCACCUCGAUCCUGAUGGACCUGCCACUCAACCACAGAUAUUCCCCUCAGGGGUGAAUGACUGUCGUUACUUUUUGGUAUGGAACCACCCCAAGGCAUGUCCACCCUAUACUGAAGUCCCCUGCACUGUUCGCAUGGAAGAUGGCACCCUGUAUGACUUGAGUCCCCUCUCGAGACGUUCAGCCAAUCACAUUGCCCGCAGUCGAUCGGGACAGUCCUCAGGUGUUCUUAUAAACGUCUGCAGAUCUGUCGUUUUCAACAGAGACGCAGCCUGUGAAGCCACUUCGGGGGCUUGUCUGCGUCAGGGAGACAAAUUCAUAAACCUGGGCAACGUGCAAUCUGGGCCUUUCCUUGACUCGAAGGUGCUGAAGCUGCGUUACGAAGAAGGCGCCCUUUGCCACGCUCCUCGAGGGCCUGUCCACGUGUCCGCCACGGUCACCUUCAUGUGUGACCCUGACGCCCUGGAGUCACAACCUGAAUACCUUGGAGAGUUUCAAUGCGACCAUGCCCUGUUUUGGCGGACGGCUGCUGCCUGUCCUCAAAGACCACCCUCGGGCUACAACUGCUCUGUGCUGAGCCCUUAUUCAAAGUUCAGGUUCGACCUGAGUCCACUCGCCGGACAGGAUCAUCCGGCCACUGAUGAGUUUGGCCAGCACAUGGUACUGUCUGUCUGCUCAUCCGUGUCCGACCCAUCUUGCCCUAAGGGAAUUGGCGCCUGUCAAUUGACUGCAUCAGGUGGACUCUCAACUGGCGCCAAUUCUUCAGACCUCAAAUACUUGCCUGGUGGAACUUUGGAGCUGAGAUACCAGGGCGGCGAUGCUUGUGGAGUUGGACGAAGAAGAGAAACUAUUAUUGAGUUCUUUUGUGGAGCCGAAGGAAGUCCCGAAGGCCCUCGAGUUGUUGAAACGCUGCAGGGCUGCAUCACUAUUGUGCACUGGCACACCAGGUUUGCCUGUGAAAAUCCAAUUCCCUGCGCGACGUCUCUCUUAGGACACUCAACGGACCUCUCCUCACUGGUGCGAGUUACUCAAAAUUACCGAGCCGAACUGCAAGAUGGAAGAAUCUUCUUCCUCAACAUAUGCCGACCGCUUCUUCCAAAAUUGGGCCUUAACUGUGGCGCUGGCGCUGCAGCGUGUGUGGCUCGAAGAUCGGGAGGCACCUUGGUUGAGGAGUUGAACAUCGGACACGCGACGACAGGGCCCACUUUGACAGCAGACGGUGCCCUUCUCAUCUAUUCGGGAGGAGGUUCCUGCCCGAGAAGACCGUCGGUCAAUGCGACAACAAGGAUUUCAUUUAAAUGUGAUCCUCUGGCUGGAAAUGGCGCCCCAAAAUUCGAAAAGGAGACCCCUGAUUGCCAAUUUUAUUUCUCCUGGCCAACGAGUCUUGUCUGCGGUCCUGUGGAGGAAAAAGUGGGCGACUGCAAAGUCUACAGCAGCCAGCUGAAGCGUUUCAUAAGUCUUGACAACCUAGGCCAGCAGGUGAGGAUCGGCAAAUUCACAGUCGACCUCUGUGGCCGUGGCACCGACUGCAGUGGCAACGCUGUUUGCCAACGCUCAGAGGACGGCAACUGGUCAUCCUACGGAGUGCUGCAGAAAGCAGUGCUACAUGCAGAUUAUCUCAAGCUGCACUUUGGAGGCGGAGCUUCUUGUCUGCGAAAUGACACCUACGGCGCUGAAGUUUGGCUCAAAUGCGACUUGAAUAACGGAACUGGAACACCUAGAGUGGUUCUGGAUCAUUCGUGCUACGCCAUCUUUGAGUGGCGAACGGACGCUGUGUGUCUUCAGCGGACGGUCGGGCCCACUUUGCAGCCCGAAGCGGCCGACUCGGAGAACCAAGAAGUGCAGACCGGCCAUGCCACCACCGCCAUAGUCGCGCUGGUGGUGACCGCAAGUCUUCUGAGCUUGGGCGUCGGCGCCGUGGUGGUUGUUCGGCGCCGCUACCCCCUUCUGUGUCUCUCGUGGCGGCUCCCGUGGCCGUCCUCGGCCUCGCACACGCAGGUCCACUAUUCAAGGGAGACGCUGAGUACGUAUUGAGACGAGGCAGCUUUGCAGGCGCUGUCGGUGGCCGAGGCCAACGCCGUCCUGCAAAACCACCAGGAACUUGAGUGGGACAGUGACGAGGAGCUGCUCAAGUUGUGAACCAAGACUGACUGAUUCGCCACCAAUAAUAUUUCUCAUCCUCCAGCUGCUUGAUUUGACGGAAGUGAUUUGACUCGAAUAGGCAGAGCUAAUUUUAUAACUGAAACUGAACAUUCCUGUCCCCGUUUAUGUAUUUGUGACACCUUCUAUAAUAUAUAUUUAAUGAUUUUUAUUUGUGCUUUAAAAUAAACUGACAUAUGUAUUGACGUAAAUGUGUAAAAAUUGGUCUUUUCUUU